UUUCUUUCUUCGCUUUGCUAGCUUUAGCUCUCUUCUCUUCAAUAUAUAAGUUCUUAUCUCCCACAUAAACAUAUUUAUAACCUCAGUAAAUUUGUUAUCUGUCCAUUUUUGAGCUCUGAUUCAAGUUUCAGUUUCUGGGUUUUUUUUGUUCUUUCCCCUGCUUCAACUACCAGUCCUGCUUUGUUUUCCUUCAUUUCUGUUUUCUGGGUUUUUUUUUUUCUGAACUUUAAACAACCCUUUUGGGAGUUCUUUCUGAUUAUUUGCUCCAAAAAAGCCUUGAAAUUUGAGUCAAAGAUUCAUGCUUUCUGGGUUUCCUGUAGGAUUUUUUCCCCAGUAACCAAACAAGAAGAGAAAGACAUCAUCACUAUGUUUGUUAAGGCCUCUCUGGCUCUGGCUCUGGUUCUGAUCUUCGCAAGCGCUUUUGUAUCUAUUGCCCGGAUUCACAGCCACGACAAUCACAACCCCAAUGGCUCAACUCUCGCCGGCAUAGAGUUUCCGGAGCACAUGAGCUUCAAUGCUGUGUCCUCUUCAUCCCACACCGGCUGUUCCUUUGGAAAACCAGAGUCAUCAACCACGGAAUCAGCGCCGAAUGAAGAAUCUGAUGACGGAGAAGAUGAAGAUGAAGCAGUUGUUCCCCAAAAACAUUCUGUGAAGCUCCACUUGAGGCACGAAAAGAACUCUGUUUUCGAGUCCACGACCAAAGACUUGACCAGAAUUCAAACCCUCCACACCAGAAUUGUCGAGAGAAAGAACCAGAACACCAUUUCAAGGCUACAUAAAGACAAGAAGAUCCACUUAACGGAGGUUGUUGUUGUGGCUCCGGCAGCCUCACCGGAGUCUUAUGUUAGCGCCGGCGACCUUCCAGGCCAGCUGGAGGCGACGUUGAAGUCCGGGGUGAGUCUUGGCUCUGGAGAAUACUUCAUGGAUGUUUUCAUUGGUACACCUCCUAAACACUUUUCUUUGAUACUUGAUACUGGUAGUGACCUCAAUUGGAUUCAAUGUGCACCUUGCUAUGAUUGUUUUGAGCAAAACGGACCGCAUUAUGAUCCGAAAGACUCAACUUCAUUUAGCAACAUAGGCUGCCAUGAUCCGAAGUGUCAGUUGGUUUCGUCUCCUGACCCUCCUCAGCCUUGCAAAGCUGAGAACCAAACAUGUCCAUAUUUCUAUUGGUAUGGGGAUAGUUCUAACACAACUGGGGAUUUUGCUCUGGAAACUUUUACUGUUAAUCUUACAUCGCCUGCUGGGAAGGCUGAGUAUCGAAAAGUAGAGAAUGUGAUGUUUGGAUGUGGCCAUUGGAAUAGAGGCUUGUUCCAUGGGGCUGCAGGGUUGUUGGGACUGGGGAGAGGGCCUCUCUCCUUUGCUUCUCAGCUUCAAUCACUGUAUGGUCAUUCGUUUUCGUAUUGUCUUGUUGAUAGAAACAGCGAUACGGAUGUUAGCAGCAAGUUGAUAUUUGGGGAGGACAAGGCCUUACUGAGCCACCCAAAAUUGAAUUACACAUCCUUGGUUGCUGGCAAAGAUAACCCUGUUGAUACAUUUUACUAUGUUCAGAUCAAAUCCAUCCUAGUUGGAGGAGAAGUGGUGAAAAUACCGGAGGAGACUUGGAAUUUGUCCUCGGAGGGGGCUGGAGGUACAAUCAUUGAUUCAGGUACUACAUUGAGUUACUUUGCGGAUCCUGCCUAUGAGAUGAUUAAGGAGGCAUUUUUGAAAAAGGUUAAAGGGUAUCCGGUAGUGAAGGACUUUCCGGUUUUGGAUCCUUGUUACAAUGUGUCUGGAGUUGAGAAAUUGGAGCUACCAGCAUUUGCAAUUGUGUUUGCAGAUGGAGCUGUUUGGGAUUUCCCAGUUGAGAACUACUUCAUCCAGAUUGAACCUCAAGAGGUCGUUUGCUUGGCGAUAUUGGGGACUCCUAAAUCGGCUCUUUCAAUUAUUGGUAACUAUCAGCAGCAGAAUUUUCACAUCCUCUAUGACACAAAGAAGUCUAGGCUGGGAUAUGCACCAAUGAAAUGUGCUGAUCCGCUGAGGAGAAAGAGUUUUGGAGGCAGCACUCUCUCAGUAGUCACAGCCGCGGCGUCUCUUCCCAAAUCUCAAAUGGCUCCUUUCAGGUAUCAUCAGUACCAGGUGGUGGGGAGAGCUCUCCCAACUGAGAAGGAUGAGCAUCCCAAGAUCUUCCGCAUGAAGCUCUGGCACACCAAUGAGGUCCGUGCCAAAUCCAAGUUCUGGUACUUCUUGAGGAAGUUGAAGAAAGUGAAGAAGAGCAAUGGACAAAUCUUGGCCAUCAAUGAGAUUUUUGAGAAAAAUCCAACUACAAUCAACAACUAUGGUAUUUGGCUGCGAUACCAGAGUAGGACUGGUUAUCACAACAUGUACAAGGAGUACAGAAAUACAACUCUGAAUGGUGCUGUAGAAGACAUGUACACUGAGAUGGCAUCUCGUCACAGGGUGAGGUCUCCGUGCAUCCAGAUCAUCAAGACAGCAACUAUCCCAGCAAAACUCUGCAAGAGGGAGAGCACCAAGCAGUUCCAUAACUCCAAGAUCAAGUUCCCAUUGGUGCUCAGGAAGAUUAGGCCCCCAUCUAGGAAGCUGAAGACAACUUACAAGGCAUCCAGGCCCAACAUCUUUAUGUAAUCCUGCUACCUCAUAUGCUGUCUUUCCCUUCAGCGGAAGCACUGUGCUUUAGCUGAACUAGAUGAACCUAGGAAUGAUCCAAAUAUUUCUGAACUUUUGUUUGUUGGGGAGUAUGGACAUCCAUUUUCUAUUAUCUAUUAUCUAGAGUGUUUCAGUUUUGAAAAUUAUGUGGUUUUAUAAGAUAUUAAAUUUAAUGAGCUUGGUACUUUGUUUUAUGAUCAAAUCUCAGAGUAUGCAUGUUUUUCUUUUC